AUGGCGUCUGCUGAUCUGAGACAGGAGCUGGACUGUUCCGUCUGUCUGAGCAUUUAUAUAUAUCCUGUAAUGCUGAGAUGUGGACACAACUUCUGCCGGGUCUGUAUUGAUCGUGUGUUGGAUAAACAGAAGGGGUCUGGAGGUUAUUCAUGUCCUGAGUGCAGAGAAGAGUUCCAGGAUCGGCCUGCACUGCACAGGAACAUAUUACUGCGUAACAUAGCAGAGACAUUCCGGUCUACUCAGCCAGAUAAGGAGGACUCCGGGGUCCUCUGUACUCAGUGUAUUCACACCUCUGUACCUGCUGUGAAGUCCUGUCUUCUAUGUGAAGCUUCUCUGUGUGACAAACACCUGAGAGUCCACAGCAAGGCACCAGAACACGUCUUAUGUGACCCCACCACUUCCCUGGAGAACAGGAAAUGCUCCGUCCAUAAGAAGAUCCUGGAGUAUUACUGCACUGAGGACUCGGCCUGUAUCUGUGUGUCCUGCAGGCUGGAUGGGGAACACCAGGGACACAAGGUGGAGACUCUGGAUGAGGCCUCCGGGAAGAAGAAGAAGAAACUGAGAACUUUUUUUCAGAAACUGAACACAGAGAGAGAGAAGACGGAGAAAAGAGUCCGGAGUCUGGAGGAACGCAGGAGGAAAGUACAAGGAAACGCAGCUGGUGUAACAGAGAGAGUCUCUGACCUGUUCAGAGACCUCCGGAGACGUCUGGAAGACCUGGAGAAGAGAGUCCUGAGGGAGAUCUCCAGGCAGGAAGAGCAACUCUCACAUCAAUUGUCUGACCUGAUCCAGAAGCUGGAAAUAAAGAAGGCCGAGCUGUCCAGGAAGAUGGAUCACAUUGAGGAGAUGUGUAACCUGACUGAUCCACUGACUGUCCUACAGGAAUCAGACACAGGGGACUUGUGUGAUACUGAGGAGGGGGAUGAGGAGGACAGAGACAUGAUAAACUUCUCCAUGAUGGAGGGGGUCUGGAUGUGGCUGGAAUCUCACACACAUUACACUCGGGGUUAUCUGAUAUGAUGA